AUGGUAUGUAUUCUGACUCUGAUUAUUGUCCACAAUUUUGACGCCGGUACUCUCAAGGCAGUUGAAAAGGUCGGAUUGCACAUCAUCGUUGUAGGUGCAGGCCUCGCUGGGCUUUCUGCAGCCAUAUCGUGCGCUUUGGCUGGCCAUACGGUCACCGUCCUGGAGGCAGUGAAGGAACUUGCAGAAGUUGGUGCCGGCCUUCAAGUCACACCUAAUGGCUCGCGUCUUCUCAAAAGCUGGGACCUGCCUCAGGUCAUGUGGGACCAAGCAGCCGAGCCGACACAGUUGUCUGUACAUCGAUAUUCUGGGCCGGUGCUGGCCCGCGAGGUGGACUUUGACAAGAAUAUCCGAAGGAAAUACGGUGCGCCCUUCGUGGAUCUACAUCGAGUGGAUUUGCAGCAAGCGUUGUACGAAAGGGCGAAGCAGUUGGGAGUGAAGUUCCAUCUGAAUCAACGCGUACAAACUGUCGAUCCCUCAGUUCCAUCGAUCACUACGGUUUCGGGGCACGAAUACCACGCUGACCUAAUAGUUGGAGCCGAUGGCUUGUGGUCACGAACUCGAGAAUGCUUCCUAGGAACUGCCGAUCCGCCCAAGCCGACAGGAGACUUGGCAUAUCGAAUUGCUCUGACUUUGGAUCAAAUCAAGGAGCCAGCUUUACAAGACUGGGUUCGCCAUCCAGAAGUCCAUUUUUGGAUUGGUCCCGGAUCCCACGCGGUUGGAUACUCCUUGAAGGCAGGCACAAUGUAUAAUCUUGUAUUACUUGUACCCGACGAUCUCCCCCCAGGUGUCUCGAAGCAACCUGGAAAUGUCGAAGAAAUGAAAAAGCUGUUCGAAGGCUGGGAUCCCAUUCUUACUCUACUUCUAGGCUACGUUGACAGCGUUGACAAGUGGAAACUUAUGCAUAGAGAGGAGCUACCAUCUUGGAUUAACGAAGCCAAUAAUUUUGUCUUAAUAGGCGAUUCUUGUCACCCCAUGCUGCCCUAUCUUGCACAGGGCGCUAAUUCGUCCAUGGAGGACGGAGCGGCCCUAGGGACUAUCUUAAAGUCCGUCACAAAAAAGGAGCACCUCCCGAACGCCUUGCAUACAUUUGAAAGGCUUCGAAAGUUGCGAAGUGAGGCUAUAGCUAGGGAAACAUUCAAGCAGAGGAAAGAUUUCCACAUGCCAGAUGGCCCUGAACAAGAAGCGCGAGACAAAAUAUUCGCGUCGCAGCUUGGAAAAGAAAUUACUGGUGCUUUUCCCAGCCGAUGGACAUGUCCCGUUGUCCAAUCAUGGAUAUAUGGGUAUGACGCGAUAGCUGAGGCUGAAAAAUUGCUCCAACGCAAAGAACAGCCCAACAUUUAA